ACAAGGAAAAAAAAAACAUUCACCACCACAGUGGCCUUCUCUCUCCCUCUCCCUCACCCUCACACGCACUCUGAUCUACCCCUUUCCACAUUACAUAGAGAAUUUUUCUCUUUCCUCGUGAGUAAAAGUUCCAAACUUUAUUUAAUAAAAAACAAAAUAAUCUGAUAAUGGGUGUCUUCCAUUGCCAUCACUGUUGAAAAUCUUUGAUUCAAGAUUAAUGGUGUCUGCAUUGAUUGAUAUAUGCACAAAGUCUGGAACUUGUGGUGAUCCUCAUAAUAGAAUAGGUCUGAAACUGGGGUUUGGAUUCUGGAAUAGUAGUAAUUUGAUUAAUAUUUUGAGUGAUAGUUCUUUUGGGUGAGUUAUAAUUAUUAUAGCAAUAAUAUGUAAAGGGAUGGUGACAACUACAUUGAGAAAGUUUGUAUACCCUUGUUGGAAGCCUUCGAUAGAGAACGAAGGUGAGAAUAGUAGCACUAGAGGUGGAGAUCCAGGUGGCCGAGUCGAUGGAUUGUGGUGGUACAAAGAUUCAGGGCAUCAUGUAAAUGGAGAAUUUUCAAUGGCUGUAAUACAAGCAAAUAAUGUAAUGGAGGAUCAGUGCCAGCUUGAAUCCGGGCCGUUGAGUUUGGCGGAUACAGGUCCUCAAGGGACCUUUGUCGGAAUUUAUGAUGGCCAUGCUGGUCCAGAAGCUGCCCGCUUCAUAAAUGACCGCCUUUUUGAGAACCUCAAGAAAUUCACCUCAGAGGAUCAAGGAAUGUCAGCUGAUGUCAUAAGCAAGGCAUAUUUGGCUACAGAAGAGGAGUUUCUUUCUCUAGUGAGAAAGCAAUGGCUAAUUAAACCCCACAUUGCUUCUGUGGGAUCAUGUUGUUUAGUGGGUAUAAUUUGCAAUGGGAUGUUAUACAUUGCAAAUGCUGGAGACUCUCGUGUGGUAUUAGGAAGAGAAGAGGGGGAUCUGAAAGAGGUUAAAGCUAUUCAAUUGUCGUCUGAACACAAUGCAAAUUUGGAAUCUGUCCGGGAGGAACUACGCUCUCUUCAUCCUGAUGAUCCACAAGUAGUAGUAUUAAAGCACAAGGUUUGGCGUGUGAAGGGUAUUAUACAGGUUUCAAGAUCAAUUGGUGAUGCAUAUUUGAAGAGAGCAGAGUUUAACAGAGAGCCGUUGCUUCCUAAGUUCAGAACUCCCGGAACAUUCGAGAAGCCAAUCCUUCUUGCGGAGCCAUCAGUACUUGCGCACAGACUCCUUCCUUCUGAUCAGUUUCUCAUAUUUGCAUCAGAUGGCUUAUGGGAACAUCUCAGCAAUCAAGAGGCCGUUGACAUUGUGAACAGCUGUCCACGUCAUGGUAUUGCUAGAAAACUUGUAAAAGCUGCCCUUCAGGAGGCAGCAAAGAAAAGAGAAAUGAGAUACUCGGACUUGAAAAAGAUAGAUCGGGGAGUGAGACGGCAUUUUCACGAUGAUAUCACGGUCGUAGUUUUGUUUCUAGAUUCCCAUUUGAUAAGUCGAAGUUCCUUCCACGGGCCAGUGAUCUCAAUUAAAGGAGGUGGACAUCCUGGAGAUUCCAUUACUUAGAAUAAGUUACCUACCUUUUAAUCCACCUGGGCUGAUAUAUCUUGAAACAUUUCUCUUAAAACAGAAAGAGAAAGGAGGGGAAAAAAAAGGACAAUAGAAGUAGUAUGUGAAGCUUUUGCUUCUUGGAAUCUCACCAUAAAUGGUAAGUUGAUGAUUAUGCCUGGAAAAAGAUUCUGUCAAAACUCUCUCUCUGCUGGUUGGCAUAUGAAACCUGGAAUGUCAUGGACAAAAGUGGUGAGGUAGAAAACAGAAAAUGACAAGUUCAGUUUUUGAAGAGAUGUUCAAAACUCAAAAAUUCUAAUGUUUGAAUUUCAUUUCCUGAAUUAAAUCGGUAUUCUGUCAAAAAAAAAAAAUCUUUUGCAAGUCAAAAUUUUGCGCUCUAUAUAUAUACAUGUUCGCAGUUAUUUGA